AGUCAUGAACAUGGAUCUAGGAGGAAAGCAAUCUUUUGGAUUCAAAAACAUCAAGGAUAGUGGGGCUACGAAAUGGUACCUAUUCGUUACGAUGUUUGGAGUUUCUAUCUGGAUUUUGCUCCGCCUCUUGAACAUUGGUUUCGUCAACUACGUGCGGAAAUGCCGAUUUGCUGCUUCACUGCCAGGACCCCCAGCCCUCCCGAUAAUAGGGAAUGCAGGCGUGAUUAUUAAGUACGGAGUAAAAAACUUUUUCGAAGCAUUUAACCAUUAUAUUGUGAAGUAUGGGACGGUGUUUCGUUUCUGGGCUGGACCGGUGCCCGUCAUAGCAAUUGGUGAGCCAGAAUAUAUAAAGGAAGUUUUAGCCACUGAAGGUUGUGAAAAAUGUCCGUUUUUCUACGGAUUCAUCGAGACGAUCACAAAUAAAAACUUGUUCGUCACCACUGAUCACGAGUACCAAAGGAAGCGGAAAAUGUACGACGUUUUCUUCUCUUUGCGCAAUGUAGACAAAGCGUAUCUACUUGUGGAGCAGUACACGCAGCAACUUUUAAAACGGCUAGAGACCAAAGAAGGGGUACCUUUUGACAUUUUUCGAGAUAUCCUGGUGAUGACCGGUAAAACAAUGAUGGAUUCAUCUCGAGGUUUUAAUCUGAGCACGGAUGACGAAGUGGAGUAUUAUACUUCUGGGCUUGACACUGCAGUGAAGUCUAUCUACGCCCGCGCCAUGAAACCUUGGCUGUACGUUGAUGCCCUGUACAAGCUUUCAUCGACUGGUAGGAAAAUCACGAACCAUUUUGGUGGCAUGCAAAGGAAGUUCUUCGAAUUGGCAAUUGAACAGCGGAAAAUGAUUGCAGAGAAAGAAAAUUUCCAGUUAAAUAACAACGAGAAAUCAGCCAAAAAAGAUGAAACAUUCUUAGAUCACAUGCUAAAGCUGCAAGAAGAAGGAAAACUACAUGACAGAGAAAUGGAAGCCGAACUGACUUUGUUGAAUGCUUCUGGUACUGAGACCAGUUCAUUGACUUUAAGUUUCUGUUUCUUGAUGCUGGCGAUGCAUCAAGAUAUUCAGAAAGAUCUCUAUGAAGAACUAUGCACAGUAACAGCGGGACAGAACAGAAUGUUAACGAAAGAGGAGCUAGUAAAAUGUCCUUUGCUUGAGAGAGUUAUCAAGGAAAGUCUGAGACAUGUUGCUCCACCUGUUGUUCCGCGCAUUACAAGACAUUCGCUUGUGUUAGGUAAAAAUCUGGUUAUUCCGCCACAAACCUCAUUAGCCUUGUGUGUGAAUGUAAUGCAUAAGAAUCCAAAAUAUUGGAAAAAGCCGAAAGCUUUCUACCCCGAUCAUUUUCUACCAGAAAAUGUUGCUGCAAGACCACCAAAUGUGUUCAUCCCGUUUAUCACAGGAAUCAGAAAAUGUCCAGGUUACAGAUAUGCAAUGAACCAGUUACGAGUUGUAGUUUCAUCAAUGAUAUUAAAUUAUGAGUUGACCACUGAUCUGAAGUACGAGAAGUUGAAAUUCGAAUUCUCACUUCUAAUGAAGUUAGCUGGCCCUUACGAAGUCAAAAUAAAGAAACGACAAAUGACAGACAGUACAGAACAGAAGAUUCCCGCAGAACUUCUGAACUAGCCCGACUACAAGUUGAGGAACAAACUGUGAUUUCGAGAAAAGAAGUAGAUUUUCUGUGUCUUGGUGACUGGUUAUUUCCGGUUAUCAUGGACAACGGCUUCCUACUGUCUCUUGUAAGUUAAGAGAUAGCACAGAUUAAGAAAUGAAUAGGUACCUAAAGCGCUGAACAAAAAUGUUUGGCAUUGGACUGUUGGCUGUUGAGAGAUGGAAUGAGAGCAAAGAGUUUCAGAUACAAACGAGUUAUUUCAUAUAAGGCUGAUUGCAAUGAAUAAGAAUACAUCCUGAAUAAAAUUCAUUGCUCGUUUAUUGCCAGAGCACAGAUGAUAAA